AUGUUCUUUCAUUUUAGGAUCGAACUUUGUUCGUACAGUGGUCUCAAAAUAUAUCCCGGCCAUGGGAAGAGAGUGGUGUUGAAAGAUGGCAAGACUUUCAACUUUUUGAACUCAAAAUGUUGUGCUUCACACUUCAUGAAGAGAAACCCUCGAGAAAUUAGAUGGACUGUGUUGUACAGACGAAAAUACAAAAAAGGAAACUUGGAGACCAUAACCAAGAAACGAAAUCGUAAAACAGUGAAACAUGAGAGGGGUAUUGCUGGAGCUACUUUAAGUGAUAUUCUAGCCAAGAGAAAUCAACCCCCAGAGGUCAGAGCUGCUCAAAGAGAGCAAGCUAUCAGGUUGGCUGCUGGAGCUAAGAAAAAGGGAGCAAAGGCACCCCCAAAAGGUGGCAAAGCUGGUGGAAAGAUUCAGAAGAGUGUAGCUAAAUCGGCACCACGUGUUGGUGGCAAGCGAUAA